UGUUGCGUUUAGUGCGUUAAACAAAUUUGAAUCGUCAACAGGCGAACAGUGCGUUAGUCGGGUCUCGGUCUCGCUGCGGAACCAUUGCGUGUUUAUUUUCGUGUCACGAGCACGAUCGUGUAUGAAUCAAAGGCGUCUUUGAUCAGCCAGAGCACAAGCUGUACAGCACAACGGAAAAUGUAAAGUGAUUGAUCGUCAGGUUUGAGUUUUCAGUGAGUUUUUGUAAUAACAACCAAGCCGAGCCGAGCGAAAACAAAAAAAGAAUGUUCCCAAGUGAAGAUGAUUCAUUCGAAGAACAAAUGGUGAAGUAAGGCUAGAAGGGGUGAAAAGUAUAUAGUGCAAUUGGUUUAGUGCAUUAAGGCUAGUUUAUUGAUGAGUGGAUGUGAUAGUUUAACCACCGUUUUGGGGAAAGUGUAAACAAAAGUUUUGAUAUUAUGAAGCAAAGAGUGAAUUACGUUACGAGUUCGCUAAUACGAAUGUGAUGUGAUAUAGAGUGGUGAAAUAAUAUAAUGAGCAUUAUUUUUUUUUUGUUAAACCGCCAUGCAUUGAGUGAAUGUGUGUAGAACAGAUUCGAGAAUUCAUCCAUUUCAAAGCAAAAGUGUUAGCCCCAGUUUCAAUAACCGCUGUGACGUACAACAGAAAGAAAACAUGCUGCAGCAUCCAUCGAGCGAUUACUACGAGCUAUCUGUGGCCACCAAACAGACGCCCCCAACAUUUAGUCCACAAGGUGGUGUCGGUGGUGGUGGCGGUGGUGGAGGGACGGGCACAUUAGUGAUUAACAGCAAUAACAACAACAACAACAACAGCAAUAGUGUGAAUAAUAAUAACAAUAGCAGCGCCCCGAGCGACGCUGAUCUGGAGCUGAUUGCGCAGAAUGGGACAAACGUCGGGUCGGCCGCUGAUCGAGAAUCGUUGCCAAGCUUCGGCUUCACCCAGGAGCAGGUGGCGUGCGUUUGCGAGGUUCUACAGCAGGCAGGGAAUGUGGAGCGGUUAGGACGAUUUCUCUGGUCUCUGCCACAGUGUGAUAAGCUGCAGCUGCACGAAUCCGUCCUGAAGGCGAAGGCAGUAGUCGCGUUUCAUCGCGGUAACUUCAAGGAGCUGUAUCGGCUACUCGAACACCAUCAGUACUCGCCGCACAACCACGCCAAACUGCAGGCACUAUGGCUUAAAGCACACUACGUGGAGGCAGAAAAGCUUCGUGGACGACCGCUCGGUGCGGUCGGUAAAUAUCGUGUCCGGCGCAAAUUCCCACUGCCUCGCACAAUCUGGGAUGGAGAGGAAACGAGCUACUGUUUUAAGGAAAAAUCAAGAUCGGUCCUGCGCGAUUGGUACACCCAUAAUCCCUACCCAUCGCCAAGAGAAAAGCGGGAGCUGGCCGAAGCAACCGGAUUAACGACGACGCAGGUCUCGAAUUGGUUCAAAAAUCGACGACAGCGUGAUCGAGCAGCUGAGCACAAAGACACUGGAGAAUCGGACAAGCAGCAUCUGGACUCGUCGAGCGAUUCCGAUAUGGAGGGCCCAAGUUUGGCCUCGAUGACCUCCGGCAAUGGUGUCGGUGGACCGGGCGGAGUUCUGCAUGCAACUGCCGGUGGUGGAAUACAUCUCGGUACGAGCGGUGGAACCCUAACGUCCCACACGGCCAGUGGAGGAGUGUCCGGUGGUGUGCUGGGCGGUGGUUCGACCGGUGGUCCCGGUGCAGGCGGUGGAGGUGGUGGUGGUGGAGUUGGGCUUGGUUCGGGGUCUCUUGAACAUCAUCACCAGCACGGUGCUCACACGCAUCAUGCACACCAUCAAGGUUCGGCUCAUGCGCACACACCAGGAGCACAGCAGCAGCAAGGACAAGCGCAUUCCCAUGCACACCACAACCAUCAGCAGCAGCAACAGCAGCAACAGCAGCAACAGCAACAGCAGCAACAGCAUCUGCACCACCAUCAUCAUCAUCAUCAUCAACCCCAACCACUAGGUACGCGGAAUGGCAACCUGAUGAACAUUGGGCCCGGUGUCGGUAGCAAAACGACAUCGAUCGGAUCCCUCUCGGCGGCGGCUGCCUAUUCGCACUUUCACAACGUGAUGGGUUCGAUGCCACUGUACGAUAUCGGUGAUUAUCAGCACUUAUGAUUUUAAGCCACCAGUCACAAAUCCUUACCCCUUUGUGGAAUGGAAAACGGGAGGAGUUAUCCAGCAGUUGCUUGGCAUAUUCCAUCCAUGGCGUACAUUCGGUGAGGCAACUAGAAAACGCACGCGCGAUCUUUGCUAGUGAAAUAAUGCAUAUUAACUCAAUUUGAAAUUUCGGGCGUAGCGUUUCAAUAGUUUUCUUUGUGUAAUCAAAAGUUUACGGCUAAGAAUAGUGUAUUUAAAUGAAAAUAUGGAAUGCAUAUACUAGAUCAACUUAUA